CUCACAGAGACAGCAGCAGCUUCUGCAGGUUCAACAGGCCUCUGCCCUUUGGUCAAACAAAAACCUGCGGCUCCCUUUCCAGCACCCAUCCCCUUCUUUUGGUUAACCAGAGAGGAGGAGGAUGGCCUAUGCUGAGGAAGACAGAAACAGCUAUGAGGUGUACAAGGAAACAGCAGAUUGGUUACGUGCCCGAACCGUCCAGCGCCCAAAAAUCGCCAUCAUCUGCGGAUCCGGACUGGGAGGCCUGGCUGAGGUGUUGGAUAACAAGACAGUCUUUCCCUACGAGGACAUCCCUCACUUCCCACGGAGCACAGUUGCAGGGCACGUUGGCAGGCUGGUGUUUGGGGAGCUGAGCGGGCAGCCCUGCGUGUGCAUGCAGGGGCGUUUCCACUCCUACGAAGGCUACUCUGUCAGCACGGUCACCUUUCCCAUCAGGGUCUUCUUUCUCCUGGGAGUGGAGAUCUUGAUUGUCACAAAUGCUGCUGGAGGACUGAAUCCCCACUUCCAAGUGGGGGACAUCAUGUUCAUAAGAGACCACAUCAGCUUGUUUGGCUUGGGAGGGCAGAAUCCACUGCGUGGACCAAAUGAUGAGAGGUUUGGGGUGAGGUUUCCCUGCAUGUCAGAUGCUUAUGAACAGGAUCUGCUGGGCCUGGCAAAGGAGAGUGCCCAGGAGCUGGGCUUCCUGAGCUUCACCCGGGAAGGAGUGUACUGUGUGCUGGCCGGGCCCUGCUACGAGACCGUCGCCGAGUGCCGGGUGCUGCAGGCGCUGGGAGCCGACGCCGUGGGCAUGAGCACUGUCCCAGAGGUGAUUGUGGCCAGGCAUUGUGGCCUCCGAGUCCUUGGGAUCUCCCUCAUCACCAACAAAGUGGUGAUGAGCUAUGACAGCCAGGAGAAAGCCAACCACGAGGAAGUGCUGCGCGUCUCGGUGGUCCGGGCUGAGGCCCUGCAGAAACUGGUCACACACCUCCUGGGGAAGUUGGGGGAAAGCACAAACUCCCUGUGACCCCCCAGCCAUUCAGCAUUCAUAUCCUAACGUGUGAACACUAGCAAGUGCUGGGGGAGAGCCGUUGGUGGGACUGUCCCCUUCUGCUCUCCUCCCUUUGAAUAGACCUCUUUAUCUUUGUGCUUUGUCUGAA